GUCCCGACACUACCCCCGCUAUCCCUCCGGCAGAUCCACCCACCGAUCUCUCGGUCGAUCAAUUUAAAUAUUAAAUAUUAAAUAUUUAAGAAAAAAGAACAGAGCUGGAGUCUCUACAGGAAACCCCCUCUUUGAAGGCUCCUGGGAACGGACAGAUACGGUACAGAUCACCAUCAUCUGCAGAACUCCUGGAGGGGCAGAAUUACCCUCACCCUCUUUCCGAUCCCGAUCAAUUGGAUCAGCUGGAGAAGAUGUUGAAGCGCACGAGACAGGAGUCUUUCUCUGACAAGCUGUACAAGUUCCGCGGUGUCAUCCUCGUCGUAUCCGUGCCUCUUCUCCUCACUUCCUUUGUCCUCUUCCUCAUGCCCCGUUCCUCGUCCGAUGACGGCCUCAUCUCGAUGGAAGCCGCCGCUAGUGUCGUCGCCAACGACCCAAGAUCGUCUCCUUCUCCCCACGGAUCUAAAAGCUAUGCUGUCAUCUUCGACGCCGGAAGCUCCGGCAGCAGGGUCCACGUCUAUUGUUUCGAUGAAAAUUUGAAUCUUGUUCCCAUCGGGAAAGAGCUCGAACUCUUCGUACAGGAAAAACCGGGUUUGAGCUCAUAUGCCCACGAUCCCCAGCUGGCUGCAGACUCACUACAGUCUCUUUUGGAUCAAGCAGAAAGUGUUGUUCCCCAAGAGUUGCACCACCAGACACCAGUGAGAGUAGGGGCAACGGCAGGUCUGAGGGCCUUGAAAGGUGACACAUCUGACAGAAUUUUGCAAGCGGUUAGAGAUUUUCUUGAAGACAAAAGUUCCUUGAAAUCAAAACCAGAUUGGGUCACUGUCCUCGAUGGAACUCAGGAGGGUGCCUUUCAGUGGGUUACUAUAAACUAUCUUUUGGGGAAUUUGGGAAAGAAAUACUCAAAUACAGUUGGAGUAGUUGAUCUUGGAGGUGGGUCUGUCCAAAUGGCAUAUGCAAUCUCAGAAAAUGAUGCUGCUAAGGCUCCAAAGAUAUUGAACGGAGAGAGCGCAUAUGUUAAAGAACUUUUUCUCAAGGGAACAAAAUAUUAUCUUUACGUCCACAGUUACUUGCAUUAUGGUUUAUUAGCAGCUCGGGCUGAGAUUCUGAAGGCUGUGGAAGGCUCUGGAAAUCCAUGCAUCUUGAACGGCUAUCAGGGGUCGUACAAAUACGGGGGUACUGUAUAUGAAGCAUUCGCAUCUCCAUCAGGUUCCAACCUUGGCAAUUGCAAAGAGGCUGCCAUCAAGGCUCUCAAAGUAAAUGAAUCAACAUGUACACACAUGAAGUGCACUUUUGGUGGGGUAUGGAAUGGUGGUGGUGGGGAUGGACAGAAAAAUCUAUUUGUUGCUUCAUUUUUCUUUGACAGAGCUUCUGAGGCUGGUUUUGUAGACCCCAACCUUCCAGUUGCAAAAGUUCGACCUGUGGACUUUAAGGAGGCAGCUAAACGUGCUUGUGAAACCAGACUUGAGGAUGCAAAAUCCACAUACCCACACAUUGAAGAGGAAAAUCUACCUUACCUAUGCAUGGACCUUGUCUAUCAGUUCACGUUGCUUGUAGAUGGGUUUGCCCUAGAUCCAUGGCAAGAGAUCACAUUAGUGAAGAAAGUGGAGUAUGGGAACGCACAGGUUGAAGCAGCAUGGCCACUUGGGAGUGCCAUUGAAGUUGCAUCCUCGUCAACAUGACUGGAACAAGUUUUGGG